AUGGACGCAUUCUUCGGAGAUUGGCUUAGUAAAGAUGAAUGCGCUCAAAAAUGUAUCGCUGAUGGUAAUUUUACCCUUGAGGACACAUACGACGGCGCCAUUUACCCCAACCUCUGGGAGACCGUAACUAUGCCAAUUUCGCACGUGGAAUUCUCUCCGCAAUUGCCAACAGAAGUUAUGACAGCGGCCCCUCCCCGUAUUCCGGAAACCAAACCUGAGCCUGAAAUCUGGCAUGAGAAUCGAAUCCAGUAUAGGAUCAGUUACUACGAGCGACACGAACACGGUGGUCGUCCAGAGUUUGUAAGUGAGGAUGUCUACACGGAGCCAAUUGAACUCGAGAUCUCCAAUGAACACGACAGAGUUACUCUCUUGGAAGGAAGGAAGCAAACCGAGGUGUCGCCUGACCCGCUGGGACAUACCAACGACUUUGGUGCUAGAAGAGGAAACACGAAACUCUCAAAAUUACGCCAAGCUGACGUAGGCAGCGAGCCAACAGGGAAAACAUUCUCUCCUUAUCUGUUGAACAUUCUCAAAUCCGCCGUCGAGUACUCAGCCGAACCACCUAUAGAUGACAACGAAGGGUUGAACACUGGGCUCUUUGCGUAUCCAUAUAGGGAUUUGUACCAUGAUCUCGAAGACCUUCGGAGGUAUAAGACACGGACGAUUCGGUUCUCCACCGCAUCUGGUAGGUAA